GGCAAAGUCUAACAAAAAAAAAUCAUGGGUUCUAUCACCGAAGAAAUUCAAGUUCUUCCAAAAAGUUCAUCACUUCAAACAGAGGAUGAUGAAUCAUGUCUCUCUGCUAUGUUUCUUUGUUGUGGUCCAAUCAUUUAUACAUCAGUAUUAAAAGCUGCAAUUGAACUCAAUUUAUUUGAGAUCAUAUCUAAGGCAAAUCCACAAGGUGUUUCAGCAUCUUAUGUUGCUUCACAAUUACCAAAAAUUAUAACACAACAUCCUCAAUUGCCUCGAAGGCUUGAUCGAAUGUUGUGUCUUCUUGCAAGUCACUCUCUUCUUGUUUGUUCUAUAAGUACAAAUGAAGAAGGUGGAAUUGAAAGACUUUAUGAACUCUCUUUGGCUGGUAAAUACUUUGUUAAUGAUGAGAAUAAUGGAUCUGUGGCUUCAUUUUCAACAUUUAUGAAUCAUCAAAAGCUCAUGGAUGCAUUCAACAAUUUUAAGGAGGUACUAUUAGAUUGUGAUCAUGGACUAUACAUGAAAGUUCAUGGAAUGCCUGUUUAUCAAGGCAUACAAUCUGAUCCAGCUUGGAAUCAUAUGUUUAACAAAGCAAUGAGAGAUAUUUGCACACUAGAAAUGAAGAAGAUAUUAGAAAAAUAUAAAGGGUUUGAAGGAAUAUCAAUGUUGGUUGAUGUUGGAGGAGGAAUUGGACAAAGUUUGAAUAUGAUAAUCUCUAAGUAUCCUUCUAUAAAGGGUAUUAAUUUUGAUUUGCCUCAAGUAAUACAAAAUGCUCCAACUUAUCCAGGGAUUGAGCAUAUUGAAGGAGACAUGUUUAAAAGUGUCCCAAAAGGUGAUGCAAUAAUAUUGAAGGCUGUAUUGCAUAAUUGGUCUUAUGACAAUUGUUUGAAAAUCCUAAGUAUGUGCUACAAAGCAUUGCCACAACAUGGGAAAGUGAUUGUUGUGGACUUCAUAAUGCCUCAAGAAAUUCAGCAUACAAAAGCAGAUAAGAUGAUUACUAGCUUUGACAAUCUCAUGUUUUUGGAUGGUGGUGUUGAAAGAACAAAGAAAGAAUUUGAAAAGUUAUGCAAAUGUUCUGGUUUUUCCAGUUUUAAUGUUGUUUGUCUUGCCUUCUCUGCUUUAGGAGUGAUGGAGUUUUAUAAAUAAAUAAACAAGAGUAAGGCUACUCGUUAUGUAAGGAACUUUGGAUCAUUAAUUGAUUAUAUAUUUUUAAAGAAUAAA